AUGUGGCGCUGGGUGCCCCCGAAGCUGGGCCGCCUGUCCCGCUCGCUGAAGCUGGCGGCGCUGGGCAGCCUGUUGGUGCUCAUGGUGCUGCACUCGCCGUCGCUGCUCGCCUCUUGGCAGCGCAACGAGCUGGCCGACCGGCGCUUUCUGCAGCUCAAUAAGUGCCCGGCGUGUUUCGGCACGAGCUGGUGCCGCCGCUUCCUCAACGGGCAGGUGGUGUUCGAGGCGUGGGGCCGCCUGCGCCUGCUGGACUUCCUCAACGUGAAGAACGUCUACUUCGCCCAGUACGGCGAACCCCGCGAGGGCGGCCGUCGCCGAGUGGUGCUUAAGCGCCUGGGCUCGCAGCGCGAGCUGGCGCAGCUCGACCAGAGCAUCUGCAAGCGGGCCACCGGCCGGCCCCGCUGCGACCUGCUCCAGGCCAUGCCCCGCACGGAGUUCUCGCGCCUCAACGGCGACGUGCGGCUGCUCACGCCCGAGGCGGUGGAGGGCUGGUCGGACCUGGUGCACUGCCCCUCGCAGCGCCUGCUCGACCGCCUGGUGCGCCGCUACGCCGAGACCAAAGACUCGGGCAGCUUCCUGCUCCGCAACCUCAAGGACUCGGAGCGCAUGCAGCUCCUGCUGACGCUCGCCUUCAACCCCGAGCCGCUGGUGCUACAGAGUUUUCCAUCUGAUGAAGGUUGGCCAUUUGCAAAAUAUCUGGGAGCUUGUGGAAGAACGGUGGCUGUGAAUUAUGUUGGAGAAGAACUGUGGAGUUAUUUUAAUGCACCCUGGGAAAAACGAGUUGACCUUGCUUGGCAAUUAAUGGAAAUAGCAGAGCAGCUUACAAACAAUGACUUUGAAUUUGCACUCUACCUCCUGGAUGUCAGCUUUGACAAUUUUGCAGUUGGCCCUAGAGAUGGGAAGGUAAUCAUUGUGGAUGCUGAAAAUGUUUUGGUUGCUGACAAACGAUUAAUUAGACAAAAUAAACCUGAGAACUGGGAUGUAUGGUACGAAAGCAAAUUUGAUGACUGUGAUAAGGAGGCUUGCCUAUCGUUUUCAAAAGAAAUCCUCUGUGCUCGAGCCACUGUGGACCACAAUUAUUAUGCUGUUUGUCAGAACCUCUUAUCCAGACAUGCCACCUGGCGUGGCACUUCUGGGGGACUCCUUCAUGAUCCACCAAGUGAGAUUGCCAAAGAUGGCCGCCUGGAGGCCCUGCUGGAUGAGUGUGCCAACCCAAAGAAGCGCUACGGCAGGUUCCACGCAGCAAAGGAACUGCGAGAAUAUCUAGCACAAUUAAGUAACAACGUGAGGUAGUCCUUGGUGAACUGCCUCUUUUCUUUCUCUAUCUUAAUAGCACUGGCUAAAACCAAUCCACCAAAAACUCUGGAGAAACAAAUUUGGAGGUAUUACAUUCAGAGGAUGAUAAAUUUGCACUGAUAGAACUUACUGUAUGUUAACAUCCAUCAAAAUAAGACAUUACUUCAAAAAUUACAUGAUGCUUCUACAAAUAAAUAUGCUGUUACGCUUUGGAGACUUGAGCUGUCGUUGACUGCUUUGUCCCCCCUGAAUGCCUGAGUGGAUUAAUGAUACUGUUAGCUAUUGGAAAUGAGUCUGAUAGUGAGUGACAUUGGUGUAUCAAAGGGUACUUGGUACUUGACAUAGUUUGCAUUAGUCUCAUGAUUUUGUGAAUCUACAUUUGCUUUGAAUGUCAAAUUAGAAGGCCUGUUUUAUAGGCCACCUUUUCCUUAUGACACAGAGUCCCCCCCCACCCAUUUUUGUAAUUAUUAUUAAAUUUUAUGCUUUGAGGUUAUUGUUAGUGUUCAUUUAAGUUUUAACUAGUUUCAUUCAUUGUGGUGCGAUACAUAUUUACUGUUAGGGCAGGAUUCCCAGAUUUACUCUUUCUGAAAGAUAAAUAUUUUAUUAUGUAAAUACUCAUCCCAGCCCUCCACCAGGUUCACCCUCCAUGAUUUCCCCAUUGCAUGAGAUUCUUUCAGGCUCUUUAACAGUUAUGGCAGUAAUUCUCAUUGUACACUAAACCAGACAUUUGGCAUACGUUGCGAAAUUGCUGUUAGUCCUUUACAGAAGACACUGAAGAGUGUAACUGCUAGCAAUCUACACCUUGAAAUUACUUUUGGCUCAGAAAAAAUAUAUAACCUAGUAUUUUUUAAGUGCUAACUAAUUUAAAAUAGUAUUAGAUAAGCCAAAGAUAUAAUAAACCUCAUCUCACAGAUAAAUAUUAAAAUAAAUUUGGUCGGCUACUUAAUUUUACCAUCCAUUUCCAGUACUUUUACUUGAACUCUUUCAUUAUUAAAUUUAUAUCUUCCCAGUUGUCCUUUAAUGUUGAAAAGUUAGGCUUCUGUGUUCAAGUUAUCUAUGUUUAACUUAAGAAUAUGUAACUUAGAAUAGCCUUUCAUUAAUUGGUAGUUUUGCAAAAUUAGCAUGUUAGCCAUCAUUGGAAUUUAAUCAGGUAUCAUAACCUUAUAUAAUUAUUAAUGCACAAAUAGUUUUUAUUGUAAAGCAGACAGCUUAGAUUGUCUGCCUACCCUGGUCUUCAUUAUUUAAUUGCUAAUCUAAACAUUAGCAUAUCAAAUUUAAAUAUGGGGUUAAAAGUUACCAUGCGUCUAAAACUUUUAGGCUAUUUAAGAAAGAUUUCGUAUAAAUUACCUAUUAUUGAAGUAGGUAACAUUUCUCUGUUAUAUUCCUUUUGUUUACAGUAGAUUUUGGUGCACUGUGAAGUGUUUAGUUCUAGGUUCUAGACUGACCUUAUUUUAAAUCAGAAAGUGGUUAAAAUAUGCACAACCAAAGCCAAGUUUUUUCUUUUUCAUUCAUUCAGUAACUAUUUAUUGAGCAUCAGCUCUGUCCCAGGCACAUUAUUAGCUGCUACACAGUCUCGAACAUGACAUAUGGUUAAGUAACUUUACUAUUCUUGUCAGCUACUUUAAUUAUCCAUUUUUAAAUUUUAUUGUCCAAACCAAGAUGAUACUUUCGUGUUCUUUUACUAUUGUGAUGGAAAUUCUACUUAUACCAUCUAAAAGGUUGCUAUACAACAGAGUAGGCCAAAUUUAAUAAAGUGAAUUCCAGUUUGAAAACUGGAGGGAAAAAGGUAAGAGCUCUUUAUAAAGUGGACUGCAUUAUGUUCAUUUUUAUGUAUCAGUUUAUCUGCAUAUCCCAUCUUGCCUUCAAUGAACAUUUAAGCGCUAGACAUUUUCUUAAUCUGACUUUUUACAACUUUGGAAAAUUUUUUAAAGGAGUAGGUAAAAAUACUGAUCAACAUUCUUCACUUAAUUAAAAACUUUAAAAUAUACAUUCCCAAAACAGCACCUUUUAUGUUUGAUAGACAUCCAUUACAAACCUUCGACUGCUAGUCACAGAGAAGAUUUUCUGUGGGUUAUCAAACAUUUAUCUUACCUUUUGGAGGCGUGAUUGUGACUGCAAAGCAAGAAGUGAGAAAACACUGUCCACAGUGAUGGCACUUAAAGGAAGUUUAUUUAGCUACGAUUUCCCCCAGGAGGUUUAUAUAUGGGAUUUCUUUGACUUUUGGGAAAGGUUGAGAAGCUGGUAAAAGAAUUAGGAAUUAAAACUUACAGGGAAUAAUAUGUAUGUGAAAAGCAAUAAAUAUUUUGUUCACUUUGCUAUCAAGAUGUUCACUAUCAGAUAUUUAUUAUAAGCAGCAAUUUAUAUUUUUAAUCAUUACCCAUUAUUAGAUUGCAUUAAAUAUUUUUGAAUCAAACAUUUGGGGUUUGUAUGUGCAUUACGAUUGUCUUUUGUACUGUAUGUUACUGUUUAAUUUGAAUAUUUUAUCAAAACUGUCUCCCUGUGCCUUUAUAAUAUAAAGUUGUUUCUACAACUUUUAAUGAUCUUAAUAAAGAGUACUUUAAGAAUCACA